UCACUCUUUGUGUACAUCUUUAUAGAAAAAUCAGUAGCUGGUGCAGAUGCUUCCCGGAUUUAAAUCAGUUGUUGGCAACAUAGGUAGUAACCUACGUUAAUCCUUUGAGUAUUUUCCUCAUCAAACACAGACUGGAGCCAAAGACGCGCAUGCUCUGUGCGCACUGUCACCUGAGACCUGUUGCUCAGCUUCGGCUAGACGCGGUCAGAGGACUCCUGUGUUGGAUUUAGAGGAUGCUUGCCUUUAUCCUUUAUCGUUAUGGACAUACAUGAUGCUCUGAAGAUUAGCAACAUCAUAACCAGACUAUAGCCAAGCCGGAUGAAAACACCACAACAAAAAGUGGACACCACAAGUUACUGUGCUUUUUAUUUCAGUCGGCUCAACGAACGAUCAGUUCACACACUUGUGUGUGCCUGAUUUCUACAUCACAGGCAAUGGGCAGAUGCUGCAAACGCAACAGGAGACUGCUGUGCAUGUGCCUGCUGCCUUGCAUGAUGACCGGCCACCUUCUGAUUUAUAUCCUGGUGUCCAUAUUCGUCACAAUCUCCUACUCGCCUCCAAAAAUAAUCACCCACUAUAUCGCCUCUGGGAUUUCUGCUAGCUCCUCUGGAUCGGCCUCUCACCCACUUGGCCCUUUCUGGAACCUUCGUCUGGAGGACAGUGCACUGUGGAACCAGUUGCAGCAUGCUUGGGACCGUCAGCACAAUCCAAUACUGCGAGGAAACGCAACUAGGAUCACGAGGAAGCCAAAAGUUAAGCUUGUAAGAGACAUUGAAGACGAAUGCCUUUCUGACUGCAUGUCAGGCCAUUGUUCAGUCCCUCGUAUGCAUGAUUUAAACAGCUUGCCUGAACAAAUGAGGGCAUUUCUUUGGUCAAUGCACUGCAGGGAGUAUCCUCUCCUUAUCAAUCAGCCUGGCAUGUGCGGGAGGAACAAUGGUAGCUUUGGUCUGGAUUCUCCCAUGCUCCUCAUGGCCAUUAAGUCUCAAGUAGGGAACUUUGAAAACAGGCAGGCCAUCCGUGAAACAUGGGGACGCAGUGGUAUGGUGGAGGGGGAAUCCAACAAGAAGGGCAGAUUAGUGCGCACAGUGUUUCUGCUUGGAAGGCAGGACAUAAGUACAGGUCCUCACCCAGACCUCAAAAACCUUCUGGAGCUUGAGAACCAGAAAUACGGGGAUAUCCUUCAGUGGGACUUCAAAGACACUUUCUUUAACUUGACCCUAAAGGACUUGCUGUUCUGGCAAUGGCUCCAGCAAUACUGCCCCAAUGCCAUCUUCGUGUUCAAAGGGGAUGAUGAUGUCUUUGUUCGAACAGGUGCCCUUCUGGAUUACCUGCACAAGCAGUGGGAGGAGCACAACCUGUGGAAAGCCUAUACAAAUGAAACUGACAUGGAUUUGUUUGUGGGGGAUGUCAUCAACAACGCAAUGCCAAACCGUGAGCCGUCCACUAAAUACUACAUCCCCGAACGUUUCUACAAAGGCGGGUACCCACCGUACGCUGGUGGCGGAGGGGUGGUGUAUUCUGUUUCACUUGCAUUACGAUUGAAAGAGGUUUCAGAGAGGGUGCGCCUUUUCCCAAUAGAUGAUGUGUAUCUGGGCAUGUGCAUGCAUAGACUCGGGCUCACUCCAAGCCAUCACCCGGGCUUUUUAACAUUCGAUCUCCCAGAAACAGUCAGGGAAAAUCCCUGUGCUUACAAGUCUGUUCUGCUCGUUCACAGACGGAGUUCCAAGGAGAUGCUGACACUAUGGAAGCAGCUCCAGAGUCUGCCAGGGAAAUGCUGAGGCUCAUUUGUCUGCCAAAUAGGAUUCAUUAAAUGCAGGAUGUAUGCUGCCACCACAAUCAUUUGGAUAACCUACAAUGGGACUGCAAGCAGGCAGUUCCCUAUGAAGGUCAUAUGCAAUGUACCUUACCGCUGAAGCGUUACGCUGAAGAGGAGACUGAUCUACCUCAGAGGGUAAUUUUUAUUAUGAGGACAUAACACAAUUAGGGCGCAUACAUGGUCAAUAUAUGUACACACCAUUCAAAAUCUAUGUACUAAAUGUAUUUCCACCCUUUCAACUUAAAUGUUUUUAUUAUACUGCCUAAUAAAGAAAACAAUAA